AACUUGACUUCGUAAGCUGCUCUAGGCAAAUCAUCUGCAGUUUUAUGCAUAAAUGCAACGCGAAAUGUACAAGCAAUUAGCGGCGUGUUUGCUUUAUUUAAUACUGGAAUUGCAAAGAAACGUCGGCAUUGUGGCGGCUGCUCAGGAUGAGGACGUCCCAGCGCAGCCUUUGACCAUAUACGUAGACGCGGGUGAGGAAGUAGAGACGCUUUUGAAAUCCAUGAAUUUAUACGCCAGCAAGCAGGAUGAUUUCGAGAAAAUGUUACUUCGGGUGCAAACACUCAUGGAGUCAAUGGAUGAACGUUUGGUGAAAUUAGAGAGUGAUUAUGAGAUCACUGCCGACAGUAAGCAAAAGGAACAGUCUUCCAUAACAGCUCUCGAGAGCCGUCUUACGGAUAUAGAAAAUACAUUGGAUUCCACUAAAGGCCGAGAGAUGAGAAGCAUUCAACUUCUAAUGGAAAAACUCAACGAAAUGGAGAAAAUGCUAAAGUUUUCACAAAGCGCGCGCAUAGUCGAAGGCAAGCAGUUUGAUGUGCAUUACGCACCGCCACGAAUAAAUAUGCCAACCACUUAUACGGAUUGUGCGGAUGUCAAAAUGAAACUCGGUGAUCGGUACAAGGACGGCGUGUAUGAAAUAAAUGUGGCGCACUUUCCACCCUGGGAAGUGCGUUGCGUGACCAAGUGUUUGGCGGGCUCUUGUUGUGCGUGGACUGUGAUCAUGCAUGGCAGUGCGGCGAGUGCAGAACGGGUCUUUCAAAGAGACUGGAAUGAAUACCAAAAUGGCUUUGGCAACGCCCAUGGUGAUCUCUUUAUUGGAUUGGAUCGUUUGCAUGCGCUGACAAAUCGUUCACCGCAACUCAUGCUGAUUACCGACUAUGUGUUUGGCAAGGAAUAUAUUUUCGAGGAUUUCCGCAUUGCGAAUGCGAUAUUCAGUUACGCCGUCACUAUUCCGAUGGACCUUGAGAAAAUUCCAGGAGGCUUAAAUGAUUUAAUCUUAAGCACAACUUGGAAGUUUUCCACCAAUAGCAAAUGUGCCAUGCUACACGGACGAAGUUGGUGGUACAAUGACCAAUGCGUUGGGGGCUUUCGAAGAGAUACUUUGUCGGAUAACAUAUGUAUGAUGAUUCGUCCUGAGCAGUGUAAUGGUAACUAGUGAAUGGAAUCUGUAAUGUUUUAUAAACAA